AUGGAGGUCCUGGACGAGUUCGACAACGAGUUCCCCCUGAGUGUGACCUUCUGCCAGCUCAUCUCGGAGGAAGACUUUGAGAGGCAGGCGGCGAUCUACACGGAGCGCGCGCUGCGCCGCCUCUUCCGCACCCUCGACCGCAACCCCGCGCUGGCGGAGCGGGUGAUGCGCCGGGGCAAGCAGAUCGAGUGCGAGCAGCGAGGGCUCUUCUCCUUCCUCUGGGCUAAGUUCAUCAGUACUGUCCAGGGGGAUCUGAACCACUGCAACACCAUGGGAGCCUUAGAGAUGCACCAGCGCCUGGAGCAGUUGAAGAGGCGCAUCCUCCGUGUGCACCUGUACUCCCAGGAUGCCAAGAGGAAGAGGAGAAAGCCUAAAUUCAAGAAGCCAGAGCCCAUCUUCUCACAGGACCAGUCAACCUCCCCAUGCCUGUCACCUCCAGCACUGCCUCCACCUGUCAACACCAUGGCCUCUGUGGUGGCCUCGUCACCACCUGUCUAUACUAUGCCUAGGGUCUUUGGUCCCUUCCCUCCAAAUACGGUCAAGCCUAUGGAGAAAUUGGACAUUUCAAAGUCUGAAGUGAAAUUAACCUGGAAUGGCCUGUCAUCAAACCCAAAGAGCCACAUGGUUGAUCUGACCCCCUUGGUCCUCAACCCCGGAGGCUUCCAUUUCUCAUACUUGGCUGGAAACAGUGUGCCCAAGCUCCACUGCCCUGGCUUCCCCUGGACUUCGGCCUGUAAUGGAUCCCCCAAUACAGGUGAAACUCCAUGCCAUGGUGUGAGAGCUUCUAUCUUCUCCCCACCUGUCCUACUCAAAUUCCAGCCUGUGUCCAAACCCAAAGACGACUCAGAGAAUGACCCUGGCAGUGCAGAGUCCACGCCCCCCAACAGGAGCCAGUAA